CCUUAUUCGUGAGGGUGUAGAAGGCGCAUUGCGAUGAAGAAGCAAAUAUGGGGGAUACGUUGAAAAGGAGACAAAACGAACCGUGCAUUUGUAAUAAUUAAGGAGAAUGGUGUUGCUAGCGCGCACCUUUAGACACGGUGACAUUUUGCUACAAAAAGGCCGACCUGCCUCCGCAACCCGAAAAUUUCACACCAAAGGUGCUGCCAACCGAAGGAGUGAUGCCGACGCUGUACGUGACUCAAACCCAUAAUACUUCUACACCCCUGCGGUGGACUUGGGCCCCCUAAAGCGGUACCCCGCCCGUCCAUAAACCCGAGACUGCACAAAACGGAAACGAAUUAAUUCAUCGUGAUAUCAACACUAUAACUGCGGCUAAAGGCUGUGCUCACGUUUAUUUUUGUGGGUCCGUUAUCUCGGUGCCUCUGCGCAAAAGCCUCGAGGUCUCUCUCUUGAUCUUUGCUUGUUGGACAGUGUCAAUUUGGGGUAGCGGCGUGGACAAUGCUGGCUGUGUCUUCAACCUGUCUUUGCUCCUGGAUGGCAUACUGCACUCAAGACAUGCUUCUGUUUGUACAUUGGCCAGAGAGAGAAUUGUCAGAACUUUAGGUACAACACACCACAGAGCUUCUAUGGAAGGAUAAGGUCUGCAGCCUCCACACCAAACACUACUGACACCACCAUCAGAAAGCUAAAGCUGUAGCAAGCUACUAUAGUUAAGUGGCCGAGGUAGACCAUAUCUUUGAUGCCUAACCCAACUACUAAGUCCAAGGGUUUCCUGUUAUCUGUGGCCCAUCAACACCUUCCCGUCUUCCGUAACCCUGCCAAACGUUAAAUUUCCUGCUUUGGUCCCUCCUCCGCAGCCACCAUGCGUCCCUCACUCGCGGUCCUUCCCAGGACCCGUAACCAUCCCCACACAGCCCCCCCCCACAAUGCACACGGACUGUCUGCACACGUGGGGCGGGAGCACCUGUCGGCCCCACGGAGGCGCAGCCCACACCUGCGACACACGCUCAGCCCAGAGAACCUGCGGAGCCUGGCGGAGCGAGGCGGUGCCGCCAGGGACACGGCUUCUGUGGUGAGCAGCCCCAUGGGUCUCCCGAGGGCCAACAGCGACACAGACCUGGUGACCUCGCAGGGCCGCUCGUCGCUGACUGCGUCCACACUGGAGUUCACGCUGGGGAGGGGCCAGAACCUGGUCAUCUCCUGGGACAUCAAGGAGGAGGUGGACGCCACCGACUGGAUCGGCCUGUAUCAAAUUGAUGAAAUCAGCCCAUCCAAUGUGUGGGACUGUAAGAACCGUGGGGUGAAUGGGACACAGAGGGGCCAGAUCGUCUGGAGGUUGGAGCCUGGGCCUUACUUCAUGGACGCUGAGACCAAGAUCUGCUUCAAGUACUAUCACGGCGUCAGUGGAGCCCUGAGAGCAACCACCCCCUGCAUCACUGUGAAGAACCCUGGAGUCCUGGGAGAAGGUCAAAGUGAGGGGCAGUCAUCCACAGAUCAUCCUCGCAAACUAAUCAGCUUUACUUUGACAGAUAUGCAUGCGGUGGGGCUGAAGAAGGGUAUGUUCUUCAACCCGGAUCCCUACCUGAAGAUGUCCAUCCACCCUGGGAAGAGAAGUGGCUUCCCCACUUUCAGCCACCACGGACAGGAGAGACGCUCCGCCAUCAUCGCCAAUACCACCAACCCUAAGUGGCGCGGAGAGAAAUACACUUUUGUAGCACUGAUGACAGACAUUCUGAACAUCGAGGUGAAGGACAAGUUUGCCAAAAGUCGACCAAUCAUCAAACGCUUCCUUGGUCAGCUGACCAUUCCUGUGCAGAGGCUGAUUGAGAAAAUACCUGGUCUCCAGCCUCUGAGCUUCUCUCUGUGUCGACGGUUGCCCACUGAGCACGUGAGUGGCCAGAUGCAGUUCCGGGUGGAGCUCACAUCCACUGGACCUGACGGGGCCUCUCCAGACUCUAUCAUUGGUGUGCCCAAUAACGGGGCCCCUGGGACUCCAUCAGAUGACGAGGAUCUGCCCCACCUACUCCCGGGGGUGGUUACUGGAGGCCCCUCCCCUACUGGCUCCCUGGGCUCACAGAGGUCCUGGGAAGGUGGGGCCACAGCCUAUCCAGUCCCAGACUACAGGGACUUUAGCGGUACAGAGGGCAGAACCACAGAGGGUGAAUCCUACUCUGGCCCUCUACGGUUGCAGAGGUCCCUGAGCGAAGGCCUGGAUGCCAUCGAGGCCCCCAAGGGCCCCGGAGAGAGGCCCCUGGGCGCUGCUUCACCGAAGCUGCGCUCUAGCUUUCCCACUCACACACGUCUCAGUGCCAUGCUGCACAUUGACUCAGACGAAGAUGAGGAGCGCUCGGGGCCCACUGACAUUUACCCGGUGCCCGGGUCCCCCCUGCUGCUCAACGGGGGUCCCGAGGGGCCUGAAGAGGAAGACGUUGUCCCAGAGCUAGAGCAGGAUCCUGACCCUGAGCAGCUGGAACCCAGUGUGGUGGGAGAUGAACAGCUGAUGGUAACGGGGGAAGAUUGUGCCCCUGGUGGUGAAUCCAAUGUGGCCCCUGAGUUAGACCUGGCCCUCGACUUCGAGGACUCCUCAGAGCCUGAUGUUUUCUCGGAGGUGGAGGAAGUUCCUUUCUUCUCCGAGGCGCUGUCCCAGAGUCUUUUGACUGUGGGCCUGGAGGGGCCAGAGGAAGGCCAGGGGCCCGCUGACAACCCCUCGUCGCCGAUUGACACCUGCUCCAUGGCAAUGGCCCCACAGACAGUCUUCUCUUCCUCAGAGAGUUGCCCAAUCACAAUUUCCACGGCUGAGGAGGCAGAGGAGAGGGCAGUAGCUGCCAUUGACCCAGGGGGAGACUCCUUCACUGGCACUCCACCCACCCACCAGCACGUAGACGACGAGGGGGGCGGGCAUACGUCAGCCAAUGAGGUUGAAGGAGAUGCUCCGUCUGCCUAUGCGCUGGAGCCAGGGGAGGAGAUUAGUGAGCGGAUGUGGAGCUUACAGGUAUCUGGGGAUGUUCCCCAGGAUGAGGAGGGGGAGGAGCCAAGACCCGCAGGGGUGGCUGUAUCUGUUGAUUCAGACGCAGUUGCCAUGGAGGCAGAUGGAGAAGAGGGUGCUCAAGUGAACGGUCACCCCGUGCACUGCCUCCCCUCAGUGCGCCAUGACAUUCACCGUUACCAACGAGUGGACGAACCGUUACCUCCUAACUGGGAGGCGAGGAUCGAUAGUCACGGUCGUAUUUUCUUUGUCGAUCACGUGAACCGGACCACCACGUGGCAGCGCCCCACCGGACCCCCCGCUCCCCAGGGCCUGACCCGCUCCAGCUCCAUCCAACAGAUGGAGCAGCUCAACCGCAGAUAUCAGAGCAUCAGGAGGACGAUGACCAGUGAGAGGUCUGAGGAGAACACAGUUGACCUCCCGCCAGAGCCCACAGAGAGUGACUUUCUGCCCCAGACCAUCCCUGAGUACAGGAGAGAGAGCGCAGUGGGUCACUCCAGCUCUCGGUCGCGUCUCUCUCUGCUGCUCCAGUCCCCAAGCGCAAAGUUCCUGUGCAGCACAGACUUCUUCACCGUGCUGCAUUCUAACCCUAGUGCCUACAGCAUGUUUACGAGCAACACCUGCCUGAAGCACAUGAUCAGUAAGGUGCGUCGGGACGCCCACCACUAUGAGCGUUACCAGCACAAUCGGGACCUGGUGGCCUUCCUCAACAUGUUCACCAACAGCCAGCUGGAGCUACCCAGGGGCUGGGAGAUGAAGCAUGACCAGACUGGCAAGCCCUUCUUUGUGGAUCACAACUGUCGCUCCACAACCUUCAUCGACCCGCGGCUCCCCCUCCAGAGUGCACACUCAACUAGCCUGCUGGCCCACCGACAGCACCUUAACCGCCAACGCAGCCACAGCGCAGGCGAGGUUGUAGAUGACAUGCGACACUCCAGCCCACCUGUCGUGCCCUGCCCCUCCAGCACCUUCAGUGGGUCCACUCGCAAUCAGGACCUGGUGCCUGUGGGUCUCUCCCCAGCCUACAACGACAAGAUUGUGGCGUUUCUACGGCAACCCAACAUCAUUGAGAUCCUGCAGGAGAGGCAGCCAGAGCUCGUCAGGAACCACUCACUCAAGGAAAGGUUACAGUUCAUUCGCAGUGAGGGUGUUUCUGGGCUUGCUCGUCUCUCUAGCGAUGCUGAUCUAGUCAUUUUGCUCAGCCUGUUUGAAGAGGAGGUUAUGUCCUAUGUGCCACCUCAUGCCUUACUGCACCCCAGCUACUGCUCCUCCCCUCAGAGCUCCCCCGGUACUCAGCGGGCGAAUGCACGCGCCCCUGCCCCUUACAAACGUGACUUUGAGGCCAAACUGAGAAACUUCUAUCGCAAGCUGGAGACGAAAGGCUAUGGCCAGGGACCUGGGAAAGUCAAAUUGAUCAUUCGUAGAGAUCACCUAUUGGAGGAUGCCUUCAAUCAGAUAAUGUGCUACUCCCGCAAAGACCUGCAGAGGAGUAAGCUCUACGUCAGCUUUGUGGGCGAGGAAGGGCUGGACUACAGCGGCCCCUCGAGGGAGUUCUUCUUCCUGGUGUCGAGGGAGCUGUUUAACCCUUACUACGGCCUGUUUGAGUACUCCGCCAACGACACCUACACUGUGCAGAUCAGCCCCAUGUCUGCCUUCGUGGACAACCAUCACGAGUGGUUCCGUUUCAGUGGGCGUAUCCUGGGCCUGGCUCUGAUCCACCAGUAUCUGCUGGAUGCCUUCUUUACCCGCCCGUUCUACAAGGGCCUGCUGCGCAUCCCGUGUGACCUGAGUGACCUGGAGUUCCUGGAUGAGGAGUUUCACCAGAGUUUACAGUGGAUGAAGGACAAUGACAUCGAGGACAUGCUGGACCUCACCUUUACCGUCAACGAGGAGGUCUUUGGACAGAUCACAGAGAGAGAGCUGAAGCCAGGCGGGGCAGGUAUUCCAGUGUCAGAGAAGAAUAAGAAGGAGUACAUCGAGCGUAUGGUUAAGUGGCGCAUCGAACGGGGUGUGGCUCAGCAGACGGAGAGCCUGGUGCGAGGCUUCUAUGAGGUGGUGGAUGUGCGGCUGGUAUCUGUGUUUGAUGCCCGGGAGCUGGAGCUGGUGAUCGCUGGCACUGCAGAGAUCGACCUGGCAGACUGGAGGAACAACACAGAGUACAGAGGAGGGUACCAUGACAACCACAUAGUAAUCCGCUGGUUCUGGGCGGCAGUGGAGAGGUUCAACAAUGAGCAGAAAUUGAGACUGCUGCAGUUUGUGACAGGCACCUCCAGUAUUCCCUAUGAGGGCUUUGCCUCCCUCAGAGGUAGCAAUGGACCACGCAGGUUCUGUGUGGAGAAGUGGGGCAAAAUCACCUCCUUGCCCAGGGCCCACACAUGCUUUAACCGUCUGGACCUCCCGCCGUACCCGUCGUUCUCCAUGCUCUACGAGAAAAUGCUGACGGCUGUGGAGGAAACCAGCACCUUUGGCCUGGAGUAACCUCUCCAAAAUGUCCGACACAGCCAGGGGUUGAAUUGGGUAAGAACAAUGGUGGAUAGGAAAUCCCACCACCUUAGCUUGAGGCGAGACAGGACUCACAGUACACAAUGGAGACUGAAUAGACAUCUACAAGAAAUUAUCAUUGUGGAGAAAAAACAACAACCUUUGGGACAAUUUCACCAACAAGAUAAUCCCAAUUUGACCCCCUGGCUUUGCUAUACCUCCCUGCUCCAUGAGCCCAUACUUCCUGGAAUAACGUUACUGUUCUUUUACUUACACUGAUGCCCUCCAUUCGAUUCCUGCGUACAACCACCACACUUGUGCUUUAUCUCUUAUCAGUUUAAUGGCCUUGGUUACUGUAUCUCCAGUCCUCCUCCUUCCUCCAGGGGUUCAGCCUGCACUUCAAGCCCAGAGAAACCUUAUCCUAAUCCCCUAUGCUUCCUCCUGGAGUGACCUCGUGUUCUGGACCUCAGAACUGUUUCAUUUUCUACUCUGGGGCUGUAGACUAUGCACACUAUAAUACAUAAUGAACUAAUGCCUUGGCUUCGAACAUACACACGCUUCUAACACACACACUUUCAAGAUGACCCUCAUGAGUAAGACCGUUAUCAUUUCUGAAGGGAUUCAAUUGUAUGUCAGAGCUCCUAAGGGGCACCAAAGGCAUUGUCAUACUCCAAAACACACUGCACUUACCUUAUGUUAGACUACAUGAGCAAGGCUUUAAAACUGACACACACUUACAUACGGAUACAAUUGUAGGGUCACUCUUUUUCCAAAUAGAUGAGAUGCACUUUCUCAUAGAUGCAUGUAGCUCCACAUGCAUGUGCACACACACACACACAUACACAUACACAUACACAUUGAGACAUUGCCAAACAAAAGGCUUUAUUUCUCACUGAUGUAAUUUUCUCCCAUUCAGUGUACUUACUGAUGAAUGUAUCACAAAAGAGUGAACCUGUGUAUGAACCUGUAUGAAUCUCCAGCUUGCCGUAGUAGGAAGACUGAGGAGCCUUCAAAGAAGAAGAAACACCAGAGCCGCACGAAGUGUAGCUCAUACAAUUGAUGACUGUGGUUGAUUGAGGAAUAUGGAAGCCGAGACUGUGGCAUCGGACAUGUGCCUUGUUAUGAGAGAUAUGAGAGACACUUUUACUCAUUGUUUUACGAAGGGAUGCGUCCAUUUCCUAUUGGGUCACGACUGAAAACUCAGUUGUAACGAGAGACUUUGUAUUGUCUAUUUGGUUGUUCAAAAUUACAUUCAAAAGGUUUAUCUGUGUCACACACAAAAAAAAAAAAACGUUUAAAGCUAGAAUCCUUAGUUGCUUCCUACAUCUAUUUUUGGACCUAUAAAUGAAUGAUAUAUACCCAUUGAUUCUUGAAGAAUAUAACUUAUAAAUGCAUAAUGAACUUAGUUCAACAGUUGUACCCCAUCAGAACCCAAAAUAUAAACUUGUUUUACUCCAAUGAUUGUAAACAAUGUGCAUGUAAACAAACUGUAUAGCCUCAAAACAUGGUUAAAACUGUACUUUUUAUAUCAUGGAUGGUCAGUCCUUGCAUCCAUAGCUCUGUCUAUGAAUUUGAGAGGGUUUACAUUUCUCCAGGCCCAACCCUCAGCUUUCUACCAAAACAGAGGCGGGGUGCCACUUUGUUAUUCUUUCAAUUAAGGAUUCUAGCUUUAAGUGUAUUCCAAAACAGUUCCAGGAUGCAAACACAAGAGGGCAGCACAUCAUAUAUGGGUACUUCAGUACCAUCCACACAGCUAGAGAAGCAUUUUUAAGCAUGGGGCAUACACUACACACCAACACAGAUGCUUACGAUUUCUUGAAAGCAUGUUUUCAUCCUGGUUUUGGACUUCUCAGUGCAUAACCCCUACCCAAAGGAUUUAUUUACACACACACACACACACACACACACACACACACACACACACACACACACACACACACACACACACACACACACACACACACACACACACACACACACACACACACACA